UUGUUACAUAUUGUUUAGUAAUGUGUUGUAUUAUAUAGUAUUAUGUUGUAUUGUAUUAUACUGUAUUGCUCUGAUGAGUACAACGGAUAGAUUGUAUCCUUUUCCUUCGUUACAUAAUGUCAAGCAUAUAAAGACAAGUAGGUUAUCGAGGUAGAGUUACUAUAAAAGGUAGGUAAAGGAUAAAUAGGAUUAUUAGAUAAGAAGUAAAGACAAAAUGAGAAAAAAGAAUAAGGUAACAAUGCAAUUUGAGGGUAAUAGUAAUUGUUGGAAAUUUAAAUAUAAGUUUGGAAUGUUAAACAGAAAAAACCAGAUUACUUGUGUGCAAUUAUAUAGUAGCAAAUUGGAGUUAGUUUCUCCACAUGGAAUUACGUGGAAUGAUACCUACCAUUGGAUGAACAAAACCAACGACACUGAUUUUAUUAACUAUCUUCUGGAAGAAAAUUCAUAUGCUAAGUCUUUCAUGAAGGAUACUGAGGAAAUGCAAAAGGGUUUGUUUUGUGAGAUGAUUAGUAGAAUGCCUUCCAAGAUUUCUACCCCACCUGAACUUUGGGGUCCUUGGUUAUACUACCAGUACAUUCCAGAAGGGAAGGAGUUUCCAGUAUUAUGUAGGAAAUUGGCUGCUGAGAGCAAAGGUUGGAUGAAGACGGUAUCCAAAUAUAUGAUUGGAUCUUCUAAGGAGGAGCAAAUACUGCUUGACUGGAAUGAAAUUGCGGAAAGAUAUGGAUAUGUUCAUGUGGGCACAUGUCGAGUAUCGCCAGACCACAAUUAUCUUGCUUACACAAUUGAUAUUACUGGUAGUGAGCAGUUUGUGCUUCAGAUUAAGGAUCUACGAAAUGACUGUGUUCUGCCAACCCUGAGAGUUGAAGGGGUUGUUAGUGUAGAAUGGGCUCAAGAUUCUUCUACUUUCUUCUAUACAUUAUCCGAUCAGAACCAACGCCCUUACAGGGUACAUUGCAAAAAACUGGGAUCAGAUUCUGUUCAUGAUGUCCCAUUGUUUGUAGAAAAUGAUUCUAGUUUCUGUGUGGAUAUAGCAAGUACAAAGGAUGGAAAGUUUAUUACUGUUAAUUCUAAUUCAAGAACAUCAUCUGAGGUUUAUGUUAUAAAUGCAACCAAUCUGCAGACUGGAAUUCAAAGGUUUUGUAACCGUGCCUCUGGUGUACAAUAUUUUCUUGAACAUCAUCAUGGCUUUUUCUAUGUUCUCACAAAUUCUCGUAAUGUUGGUGACAAAUCGCCUUUGAGUGGAGAGUAUUAUUUGGCUAGAUGCCCUGUUGAGAACUUGCAGUCGACCUGUUUGCAGCUUCGUCUGCAGAAUAUUAUAGCACCUAGCGGGGACAUGUUCAUCCAAGAUAUGGACAUGUUUAAUGAACAUUUGGUGCUUUUUCUGAACAAAGAGGGUUCUUCAUCGAUAUGUUCCGUUGAUAUGCAAAUGAUCAUCAAUUGUGAGGAACAAAUGAAGAUUGAUGAACUUAACCCUUGGUUCUUUCCUCUUCCCUCUGAUAUGUGUGCAAUAGCUCCAGGCUCAAAUCAUGACUUCACACGAACUGUAUACCGUGCUGUUGUGUCUUCCCCAGUGAUGCCUGAUGUUCUUGUCGACUAUGAUAUGUCAAGAAGAACGUUCUCUGUCAUUCAGCAAGAAGAAGUAAUUAAUGUUCGCGAUAAUAAAAAGUACCAUUCAAGCAAUGGAGAGAGAAGCAGAAAUGAGCUUCUGGGCAUCCCUUUAAAGAAGGAACACAAUGAAGUGCAGAGAUGGAGUGACUUCGCUGAAAUUUAUUCUUGUGAAGAAAAAGAAGUGAUAUCGCAUGAUGGUGUAAGGAUUCCUAUAACUAUUCUGUUCUCUCGUAAAGCACAUAAGAAGGGUCAGUCUCCUGGGCUUCUACAAGGGUAUGGAGCAUAUGGAGAAAUGCUAGAUAAAAGCUGGUGUGGGGACCGCCUGAGCUUACUUGAUCGUGGUUGGGUGAUUGCAUUUGCUGAUGUAAGGGGUGGUGGUGGUCCAGAUCCUUCGUGGCACAAGUCCGGGAGUGGAACGAAUAAGUUGAACUCUGUAAGUGAUUUCAUAUCAUGUGGUAAUUGUCUUGUCAGUGAGGGUUAUGUUCAUCAAGAUCGGCUGGGAGCUCUUGGUGUAAGUGCAGGAAGUCUUCUUGUUGCAGCAGCAAUUAACAUGCAACCUAAACUUUUUCAAGCUGCAAUUCUGAAGGUUCCUUUUCUUGAUGUGUGCAAUAGCUUGUUGGAUCCCAGCUUGCCUCUCACUGUUUUAGACUAUGAAGAAUUUGGAAAUCCUCAACUACAGGCCGACUUUGAAUAUAUUCUUAAGUAUUCUCCUUAUGACAAUAUUCCUGAAGGAGUUUGUUGUCCGGCAAUGCUUGUGAAAGCUUCAUUGAACGACUCCAGAGUUGGUGUUUGGGAAGCUGCGAAAUGGGUGGCCAAGAUACGGGAUAAAACAUGCACUAGGUGUUCUUCUUCAGUCAUAUUGCAGACAAAUAUGAGUGGAGGACAUUUUGGUGAAGGUGGUCGUUUUGGCCAAUGCGAGGAAGCAGCUCAUGAAUACGCUUUUCUGAUGAAAGUCCUGGGGAAAUCUUGAACUAAAUGGAGCUUCUGGAUUUCGAUGAUGGAGGGUUGGUCCAGUGCUGUCUCGCGAUGAGUGAGAUUAGCUGGCAAAUGUUCACCAGCUGAAGCUCUAUUUAACCAAAUGCACCCAGAAACUCCUCAUGUUGCAGAAUGGCGUGACUCGUGAGAAGAAGAGCUGGAGACACCAGAAGUUGACUGCUGCCAUUAUCGACCUUAUGAGGGUCUGAAUUUGCAGUUCGAAAGUCUAAACACACACACAGCUUGAUUGGAUUACAAGUCAAUCCACGAAGAAACUGUUGAAUGAUUUGAAAGAAGUGCCGUAUGUGAGGCAGAGUUACCCGGUAUUUGUCUUUGGUGAAAGUUAGCAGGUACUGGGUAGAAAAGUCGAGGUGAGCACAUGCUUGCCAGACACGACCUUUAUAAAAAAAAAGGUACCUUAUGUGAGCCAUAACCAUGCAAAUCCUGGACCUGAAAGUUCAAUAAUAUUCACCAAGCUGCUUAUGGACUUGUGAUUUUAGGCACAUUCAACAGUAAUUGUCAGGUUGUAUCAAUGAAUUGGAGUAGUCUCUUUUGUCAUAAAACAAAAAUUGUCCGAUGUAUUUUUUGGUUUCCUUGUAGAAUAUUGCUUAUGUAUAUCUUUCGGGAGCAACGUUGUCACCUCAAAAUUAAAUCGCAUGUCUCAAUACCUUUUAAUGCUCCA